GAUUUCACCAAGAGCUUCUCCUGGAAUUCCUUCAGGAACUAUCAGCGGUUUACAGGAGCGUUCCGUCAACAAUGUCCAUUCCGGUAUCGCUGCCCACAGGACUGCGGAUCGACGAUUCACGCCGACAAUGUCCAAAGUUCCAAAUCAACUUGGAUGUGCAGCAACUUAGAAGUUUCGGUGAUGGCCUCCGACAACAGAAUUAUCAUCGAAUGGAAUCCGACGAGAAGCAGGACGAUCAUGGCUACCUACAUCUCCCAGUGCUUCAUUCAGCGCUACACCCUUCCACCGGAACACGAUUCCAACCAGAUCAACUCGUCGAUUUCAUCGGACGGCAUCUUGACGAUUUCGGCUACGAAGCAAGCGGUUUCGGAUGCGGAAGGCCACAAGUCGAUUCCGAUUGUUUCGACAGGUCAACCGCUGAAGAGAAUCGGUGCCGAUGUGCCGAUCACGAGAAGAAGGCAAGAAGAAGGAUAGUAUUGCCCACGUAUCUUAGUGGAGUGGUGGUCGAGGUUUCGCUGUUGUAACAAUUUGCACGGUCAGGACACUUUGUUCGCACAGGACUUGUUAAUGUUUAGCUGAAUAAAAGAUUAGUGAUUGAAUUCAUUCCCAGAUUCCUUUCGGGGUUCCUUCAGGAUUUUUUCCGCGAUUUCUCCAGAAAAUUAAUCUGGGAUUCUCCAGGAAUUCCUUCUGCUGUAUCUGAGGGAGUUCCUCUUGAGAUUCUUCUAAGGAUUUAUUUAGGAUUCCAUCGGAAAUGCCCUCUGGGAUUCUUCCAGGAGUUUCUUCUAAGAUCCCUAAAACGGUUUCAACUAUGAUUCCUCUUGGAGUUCUUGCCAGAAGUCCUCCAGAACUUUCCUUCCCCAAGAGUUUUGGGAUUCCUCUAGGAAUUUCAUCUGAGAUUACCCCAGGAAUUCCUUGCUUCUCCAAAAAUGUAUUCCAGGAUUCCUACGGGAAUUCCUUCUGGGAUUGCUCAUUGAGAUUCUUCCAGUGGUUUAUUCAGGAUUCCAUCGGAGGUUGCUUUGGGAUCCUUCCAGGAGUUUUAAUUUUAAGGAUGCCUUAAGAAGUUCCAUUUGGCAUUCUUUCGGUAGUGCUUUCCUGGAUUUCUCCAGCAACUCCUCGCGAGAUUCCUACCGGAAUUUAUUUAUCAAUAUUUAAUAAUAAAUCUAUUUAUUUUUUCAGAUAUUCCUCCAGGAAUUCGUUUGAGAUUUCUCUGGGAGUUCCUUCUGAGAUUUAUCUAGAAGUUACUACAAGGAUUU